AUGAGCGUCACCGCGAGCAGAGAUCCUCCGCCUUUGCUGUUCGCUCAGCGCUCCCCCUCGCCUGCGACAUUUGCUGCCUUCCCUCGCAGCAGCCCGCAGAGCCCCCACAGCCCGCGCAGCCCUCGAUUCCCUCCCACUGCGCAUGCCGAAGACAUUCACACGCCCGCCCCUACCGCCUUGCCUGCCUCGCAUCAGGAAGACGACGUCUCCGACGACGAAGACGACGACGACGCCUCCGAAGCUUCAGACAUGGACGGCACCGCGAGCUCGGUAGGAGCAGGCGAGUCGCAAACGAAUCACCAGACUGGGUCCGCGCUCGAGCCGCGUACUCAUAACGCGCACGACGCUAUGGACACCACGCCAGACAUGCCAGGCACCAUCCAGGUCGCCAGCCUCGCACAAGCUCCUGGUCUCGUUCCAGCCGCCUCGAUGGACGGUGCUCCCGCAGAUCAUUCCGCUACUCAUACUUCACAAACAGGCAGCACACCCGCGCCUGAAGUAAACGAGAACCUCGUCCGUGUGAAUUCCCACGGCAGCUCUGUCGACUCCGGCGACAGUCGCCCUGCGUCACUGCCGCCACCUCCACCACCAGCGCCCAUUGCUCAUCUUGAUCCACCUUCGCCAAGAGGUGAGCACGAGGAUUCUUCUGACGACGACGAGGACGACAUGCCCCGUUGGAGAGAAAUUCGUGAGGAUACUUCGGUCCCUAGCGAGGAUGAGCUGAGGGAGAUAGAGGCUGCGGGCGAAGUUAGCGCCUUGGAUCAUGAACACUGGGAAAGCCGCACUUUCACAGCUCUCAAUGAGCCGGAGUACACUGCAGGACCGAGUGGCCGCUUCCAUUGGACGUUAGAUCACUACAACGGCAACAGAGAGAACCCGAACAAGGAAUACCUUAUGAGAUCGCCUGCCGCCAAUGUGGGAGGGUAUGACUGGCAAAUCAAGUUCUACCCCAAGGGCAACGAUACGGAGUAUCUGAGCGUUUACGUGGAAUGUCUCUCUGUUAAAAAGGACGACGAUAGGAAAGACAGCGGUCCCUCCAAUCAAGGGACUGCGGAAGAUGCCACCAAGGCAUCGCGUCACGGUGCACCACAACACUUUUUUCAGGAAUCUACACCGAAAGAAUACCAAGAGACGCCUCUCCCAUUACUUACGGAUCCAGUUUUAAAGCGCCCUAGCGUCGCAGCGCAAGUCGCUGUCGUCAUUUAUAACCCCCAAGAGCCGCGCGUCAACUACUACAAGUCAUGUUGCCACAGGUUUGGCCCCAACUCCACGGACUGGGGUUGGACGCGCUUCCACGGUCCUUAUGAGGAUAUUCAUCGGCGCCAUCGAGGCCAGCGGCAAGCUCUGCUUCGGAAUGAUACUCUAUCCUUCACUUGCUACAUUCGCGUCGUCGACGACGAAACCGGUUGCCUUUGGGAGCAUCAUGGCCGGGACAAUCGUUGGGACAACUUUGCGAUGACCGGACUACAAGGUCUCUGCGAUCCUGAGUACAGCACACAUGACGGUAACAUAAUUUCUGCAAUCUCAUCUUGGAUGCUUCUGAGGCCUUUUCGGGAAUUCCUCUACAGCGUCACCGUUCCGGAUCCAGUCACCGAGGCGCGUAAGCGUCCGAAACCACUCCUUGCUGCACUCCAACGUACUUUGUACAGAAUGCGCACCGAUGUCCAGCCUGGUUGCGAGGCCAUUGAUUUGGAAGAGAUCUGGGAUGCGUUAGAAUGGUACGGGUUUGAUGAGCAUUUGGGGAAACUGGACGUGAUCCAACUUUGGGAAAUCUUGAGGGCCAAGCUCGAGCUGGAACUGACAGGCACACCGCAAGCUAUGAGGUUCAAGGAGCUUUUUGGUCCUGAAAGGGAUCGUCUCACCAACCACCCGAGCUAUCGUGUACCCGUCAAGAACUGUAACGACAUCCAAAUUGCCAUUGACAAGGCAUCAAAUCUCACCCACAAGGGUCAUCGGCCGCCUGAGAUAUUGCACAUCGAACUUGAACGCCAAGAAUUCGACACCAGUUCUCGCACCAUGAAGAAGCUCUCGGACAAGGUCGCGUUCCAGGACGUCGUCGAUGUCAAGGGCAAAGCUUAUGUCUUCUACGGGUUCGUCGCACACAAAGACAGCUUGCAGUCUGGUUCAUACUAUUCCGUAUUACGCCCGGCCGGUCUCGGUGGAAAGUGGUAUGCAUACUAUGAUGCCAAGGAUGAGAAUCGCGUGGUAUGCUUGACAAAGAAGGCGGUUGACAUGCACGAAGGCGGUGAUCCGAAAAGACCGUUGGCAUAUAUCCUUUUGUUUGUCCGAAACGACAUCGCAUCGGAUGCCUUUGCAGGUUCAGAGCCAGUUUGGAACGUGCCGGAAUGGCUCAAGCGGUCCUCGGAGGAGGAGUCUAACAGCAAGCUUGCGGAAGGUCAGAUGAUAGACUUUGAAGUCUUCGACUCACAAUCUUUCUUGAUGCAUCAUGGGCCUGGCAUGAUCGACCCGAACGAACACAAAUAUCAACGUUUAAAGCUUGCUCGUACCAUACACGUUCAUCCCACGGCUACGGCAGAUGUUAUUCGGGCUGCAAUCGCCUCUGCCAUUGAACGCAUCCAGGAUCCUCGACAAUGCAAAUUCUGGUUCUUCGACCAUGCCCAAGGUACCUCCCAUCGGCCAAACCUGCGGAGCAGCACGACAUUCGAGCAGUUUAGUGGCCAGGGCACCGAGAUGGGUAUGAUCAAGUCAGUCGCGAGCGACUACCCUGAGCGUAGGAUAUGGGUGCACGUGGCGGAUCUCCCAACACUACCUGAGCUACCGAAGACUGAAUCCAACUCCAAUGGCGCGGUCGCGGUACCAGCGGACCAAAAUAGUCCAGGCACGUCUCAGGACAUUGAUCAUGCCAGAAACACCACCUCUUCCAAUGUUCACGUCGAAGAUACCCUCAUGAGCGAUCCGGACGAUGACGAUGAAGGCACUGCGGAAGCACCUACGAAUGAGCAGAUGGACGUGGUGGUUGCCGAGGCUGCUGGGGUCGUGGCUCAGGCUGCCCGCCACCAUGCGGACGUUUCUGAGGAAAUGGGAGUGGCUGCUGAUCUACUGGCUGCGGGAGCUCAAGGAGAUGACACAGAGAUGGGAGAGUCGGGAUCUGUACACACUCACCCUCCGCCACCACCUCCACCAGUAGCGCCACCUGCGUUCAUAGGUGAAGACGGCACGGUUUUCAACAUCGACGUCGUAAGAGACCCAAGUCAGCCAUUUGUCAAUCCCUUCGACAUCACCGUCCCGCCUCCUCCACCGCCCGUCGCCACGCCACCCACCGAAGAGAUCUACUUCUUCCUCAAGACCUUCGAUCCUGAGAUGCAGCGUCUCAGGUCGACGUGCAGUACCAUGGUCAAGAAAAACGAGCAUAUUGAGCCGUUCAUCCGCAAGAUCGCCAAUUUCCCCGCCAGCAUCGCCAUCGACAUCUAUGAAGAAGAAUCCCCCACCAGCGCAUCCCCGCUUGAAAGCCGUGCCUCGCAGUCUUUCAGUGCCGCCGGCCUGCACAACGCAUGCAUCCUGAUCGCGAUGGCGCGCCUCACGGACACGCAGCGCGACGCGCUCGAAUCGCGCGGCCUGUUCCCGGACCCGCACGACUACCUGGCCUACGCGACCGCGAUGCGCUUCGCACCGACGCCGCCGCUGAACGGGUACUACACUUUGGACCAUUUCUCGUCAGAGUGGUACGUCGGCACGCUGGUGAAGGGCAAGAUGCACGGGCAAGGCACGCGGUGGUACCACAACGGGAGCAGCUACACGGGCUCGUUCCGGCUGGGGCGGCGGCACGGCCAAGGCCAACUCAUCCACGCCAACGGCGACGUGUACACGGGGUCUUUUGCUGGGGACCUUCCGGACGGGCAGGGCUCGCUGGUCGAGGCCGCGUCCGGGAACGCGUAUCAUGGCGGUUGGCGCGGCGGACGGAGGUUCGGCGAGGGAGUGACGCAUUGGCGGCAGGCGGAGCAAGAGGAACGCCUUUGUCGCAUUUGCUGGGAGGAGGCCGCGGACGCGGCGUUUUAUGAUUGCGGGCAUGUGGUUGCUUGUUUGGCGUGUGCAAGGCGGGUGGACCAGUGCCCGGUUUGUAGACGCAGAGUGCUUGCUGCUAUGAGGCUUUACUUUGGCAACUGA